AUGUCAACGUCAUAUUUAAAUAAAUUUAGACCCGUGACACGCAACAUGUACUGUCUUUGCACAUAUAUGUAAUAUUUCGGAGUAUUACAUGUAUAUCUUUGCACAAAUUUCAUUCUAACCUUGAAAAUUUUAGAGACCAAAAUUCACAUUUGAUUAUUUUGCUCAAAUUUACUAUUUUUGAAAUGCCCAAGAAAAAAACUGGACAAAGAAAAAAAGCUGAAAAGCAAAAAUUAAGGCAAAAAGAAAUACGAACUGCAAAAGAAAAUAUUCAAUUAGCAGAGCAUCCAUGCAAUAUUUCUAUGGAAUGUGAAAAAUGCAAUCGAAAGCAAAAAAGUCGGGCUUUUUGUUAUUUUUGCCAAAGUAUACAGAGACUUCCUGUUUGUGCCCAAUGUGGAAAAAUGAAAUGUAUGUUGAAAACUGGAGAUUGUGUAAUAAAACAUCCAGGAAUAUAUACAACUGGAAUGGGCAUGGUUGGUGCCAUUUGUGAUUUUUGUGAAGCAUGGGUAUGUCAUGGUAGGAAGUGCCUUCAAUCUCAUGCUUGUACUUGUCCAUUACAAGAAGCUAUUUGUAUAGAAUGUGAACGUAGUGUCUGGGAUCAUGGUGGAAGGAUAUUUAGAUGUUCUUUUUGUACAAACUUCCUUUGUGAAGAUGAUCAAUUCGAACAUCAAGCAUCUUGUCAAGUUUUGGAAUCUGAAAAUUAUAAGUGUCAAUCUUGUAAUAAGUUAGGACAAUAUUCAUGUCUUAGAUGCAAGACAUGUUAUUGUGAAGAUCAUGUUCGAAGGAAAGGAUUUAAAUAUGAAAAAAACAAAGCUAUUCCAUGCCCCAAAUGUGGAUUUGAAACAUCACAGACUAAAGAUCUUAGCAUGUCAACUCGUAGUCAUAAAUUUGGUAGACAAGGUCAAGCUUCAUAUGAAGACUAUGAUGAUUAUAAUGAAGCUACUGGAGGUGAUUACGAUGAUUAUAAUGAAGCUGCUGGUGGCGACUAUGAUUACGAAUAUGAUGAUGAUGAAGAAUCUGAAGAAUCAUCUGAGGAAGAAAGUGAUGAAAAUGAUGAUAAAAAUGAAAAAUAAAUGUGUAAAUUAUAAAA